AUGUCGUUCGGUUGCGCCACGGCAGCCGUCCAUGCGUGCCCCGCGGGCGGGCUACGCAAAGGGGUUGUGUUGCAGGAUGGUGGAGUCGCCGGAGGAGACGCUGGCGACCGAGCCGCCGCGGACGACGCACGCCCCAAUGCGCCGCACGAGGGCGUCCCUGACCCACAGCUCCGCGCUCGCCACGACGAGGUUGACGUUGUUGUCGAAGCCCUUGAGGAUGCCGUGCACCUCCCUCCCCUCCACCGCAACCACGACGCGGCGGUCAAGGUGGGGCUCCAGGGCGAGGAUGCCCUCCUUCUUCUUUGCAAUGUGGGCCAGCUCCGCCGCCAUGGCGCCCGCGCCGCACGCACUUGCUAA